AAGCACACCAGCAAACAAACAGCCCACUCCAAGCAAAGGAACGAGUAGCGCAAAAUGGCGGCUGCUGCUGCUUUAGCACCAGCCACUCCUCUCCGUUUCAAACCCUACUCUACCCUCCGAUUCCUUUCCUUCUAUUCCAAAAACCUAACAACUCCCCGCCUUUCCCCGCCACUUCCUCGCCGACCAUUCCAGUUCCACUCAACCAUUCCUCGGAAACGAUGCUUCUGCUCCGUUGUUUCUGCAACGCUACAGUCCGGAGAAAGGACAAAAAUGGAAUUCCAGGAAAAGAAAGUUGGUGAAAUGGGGAAUACAGUAGGCGAGUUUAGGAAGAAGUUGAAAAUCGCCGACAUAAAAGGAGGACCCGAUGAAGGUUUGGAUCGGGUCGGGCAGACUCUGGUGGUUAUGGGUUGGGUACGGACUCUCCGGGUUCAAAGCAGCGUUACAUUCCUUGAGGUAAAUGAUGGAUCAUGCCUUUCAAACAUGCAAUGCGUGAUGAAUUCGGAUGCUGAAGGUUAUGAUCAGGUGGAAUCUGGGUUGAUUGCUACUGGUGCAUCUAUAUGGGUACAAGGGACUUUGGUGGCUAGCCAAGGAGCAAAGCAGAAAGUGGAAUUGAAGGUUGACAAAGUUGUGGUGGUUGGACAAAGUGAUCCUUCCUAUCCCAUUCAAAAGAAAAGGGUCAGCCGAGAAUUUUUGAGAACUAAAGCUCAUCUUCGUCCUAGAACAAACACAUUUGGUGCGGUUGCACGAGUGAGAAAUGCUUUGGCUUAUGCAACGCAUAAAUUUUUCCAGGAAAAUGGUUUUGUGUGGAUCUCAAGUCCUAUCAUUACGGCUUCAGAUUGUGAAGGAGCUGGUGAACAGUUCUGUGUUACUACUUUGAUUCCAAGCUCCAGGGAAGCCACCGAUUCUCCUGUGCGAGCCAUUCCAAAUACAAAGGAUGGAUUAAUUGAUUGGUCGCAGGAUUUUUUUGGCAAACCAGCAUUCUUGACAGUUUCAGGUCAACUUAAUGCUGAAACAUACGCAACUGCUCUUUCGGAUGUGUAUACAUUUGGACCCACCUUUCGAGCAGAAAAUUCAAACACGUCUAGACACUUGGCUGAAUUUUGGAUGAUUGAACCAGAACUGGCUUUUGCUGAUCUGAAUGAUGACAUGGGCUGUGCAACUGCAUAUCUCCAGUAUGUAGUGAGACAUGUGCUUGAUAAUUGCAAGGAAGACAUGGAAUUUUUCAACACUUGGAUUGAGAAAGGGAUCAUUGAUCGACUGAAUGAUGUGGCUGAGAAAGACUUUGUGCAGUUGACAUAUACUGAUGCAAUUGAACUUCUUCUAAAAGCAAAAAUGAAAUUCGAAUUUCCGGUGAAAUGGGGAUGUGAUUUGCAAAGUGAGCAUGAACGUUACAUAACUGAAGAGGCAUUUAAUGGAUGCCCUGUUAUAAUUAGGGAUUAUCCAAAGGAGAUCAAGGCAUUCUAUAUGCGGCAAAAUGAUGAUGGGAAGACUGUAGCAGCGAUGGAUAUGUUGGUACCUCGGGUUGGCGAGCUCAUUGGUGGAAGCCAAAGAGAAGAACGACUUGAGUAUCUGGAAAAUCGUUUAGAUGAGCUGAAACUUAAUAAGGAGAGCUACUGGUGGUAUCUUGAUCUGCGUCGUUAUGGUUCAGUUCCUCAUGCGGGCUUUGGUCUUGGCUUUGAAAGACUUGUGCAGUUUGCCACUGGAAUUGAGAAUAUAAGAGAUACAAUACCGUUCCCAAGGACGCCUGGUUCAGCUGAAUUUUAGUGGUGCAACUAGUUUAGAAUUUUUCUGGGUGUUUAAGCAGUUUUGAGAUGCUUUCGAUUCCUUUCACAUUACAGUUACAUACAAGAGACCUCAUCUGUUCUGGUAGGGUGCGGAAGACUAGUUGGCUACCUUUUGCCCUAUACUUUUGUAAAGAAAUUAAAAAAAAAAAGAAGAAAAAG